GCUCUUUGGAGAUGCCGCGACGCUUCUUCACUGCGUCAAGCAAACGUGCGCUCCGCUCAGUCAUUGACAUGGAUCGGCUCUGAAUUUGUCGCCUGAAAAUGGUGGCCACGGUGAAAUCUCCGCGCCAAAACAUUCCAUACGAGCUACGAUGAACAGCAACAACACCCCCGAUGCGCCGCUCGUGCCCCCCGUUAUUGACGAGGCUGAGCUACUGGGACUGGGUGGCACGCAGACGCCAGUAAUCGAGGCAGAGCCUCUGGAAGACUUGAACCUUCCUCUCGACACCGCAGAACAACAAGGUCUCGUGUUCGAUUCUAAUGCGAACCCGCCUGCCCUACCCGAUGGGCCCAGCGCACCACUGCCCGCACGUCCAGGGCUUCGACGAGAUAACUCGGUCCCGCUGCCUGCACCGUUGCACCUUCCGCCUCCCGCACCCCCAGUCCCGCCGCCGGAUGCUACCCAGACGGCCGACCCGAUAUCACUCAUGCAGUUGCGCAGCCUGGUGAGCGAGCUGCCCAAAGUCGAUCCCGCGCCAUAUGCUUUCGCGUACGAAGACGCUUCGUCUUUCGAAGACGAGCUCGAAGAGUGGUUCUCAUACAGCGUGGAAGAGCAGGCGAUGCUGCUGAAAGCGCAGACGUCCUUCGCGCAGGAGUGGGGCACCUUUAACGGGUUGAACAGCAUACCAUACGAAGAAGGAGGGUUAGACUGGGCAAAAGCUACAAAGCAGCAGCAGAGCGAAUUUGUACAAUACUUGCUGGGUGUCAUUAGGGGAGAUGAUCCGGUGCCGAGGCUGAAGAAGCUCGAGGCAUUGGUGUACAUCCUGCUUGGUUGUUGGCAUGAAAGUGCUGGUCUUGGUUUGACGGACACCGAGUGCAGCAAAGAGCCGGUUCAUACCCCACUGUCCAGAGACGGGCAUGCUCCCGGCACGUACGACAAGUCUGCACAGCAUGUCCAACUGAUUCAAGAAAAUGUGCGACUUCUGAUCGAUCUAGACGGGCUGGAGGUUAUCAUAAGCCAGCUCAGCUGUGCAUUCUCACGGGCAUGCGGCGUCGAUACAGAUUCCACUGGUUUGCGCGAUAAUAAGGACUCUGAACGCCGCGAGGCAUGGUGCAGUAUGACAGCUGUGUAUGUUGUCUUGGAAGUUGCUCGAGUGGAAGAGACGGAAAAUAAUGAUACUACGAUUAGAACAGCUCUUCUAGCGCUUGAAGAGCCUGGGCUUCUGAUGCUGCUUAUUGACAUCAUCUCGAAGCUGCGGUGGGAUGACACCAUCGGUCUUCCGCUACCAAAGAUAUGCCUGCUGCUGUGGAAGACUAUUCUUGUGUCUUUCGGAGGUGUUGCAGAGGCAGAGAAGGCCAGGAACAACUUCAAAGACAAAACCCUAGAAUCUGCAGAUGCGAAGGGCCAGCCCUUAAUCACAGCAUCACCGUUAGACUAUCACCUGUUUCGACAAGAAAUACUCUCCAAAUACCCUGCCUAUAACCCUCCGCCCCCGAUAUUUCCGUUGGAGCCAGAGAACAACUCGAUCUUACCACCUCUGAAAAACCACCCGAACAAAGUCGCCGGAAAUCAUGUGUUCGGAUCAGGGCUCGGAGAUAUGAGUGGUAACAAUGCAUCCAUCUUGCAUCAGCCUGUUCACAUUGCAACUCCAGCGCCCUCGCCGCCUCCGUCGCCAGCAGGCCCGGGCGGAAAGGGUGGAAAGAAGCAGAACUACCAGACCAACCAGAUGUUUCCAUUCCUGUAUCCACCUCUCGAUGAGACAAGCAACAAGCUUGGUGGCAAAGGCUCGACUGAUCUACAAGAUCUGCUUGUAGGACGCAAAUGGGAGGGUCCGGACAUUCCUACAUCGAUUCUGGAGGCGGCCGAUCUUUACGCGAAGCGCAUGCGGGCCACACGUGCUAUGAAACAAUUGUGGGAAGAACGUGUGCAGUUUAUGAAGUACGAACGAGGUUGGUCAGGCGCAGAUGACAAUGCCGACAUCGAUGAGCUUUCCCUGGACCCUACAGAGGGCAGCCCCAAGAAGGAGCCGCCGCCUUCGGGAAGUAUCGAAGAACGCUUGUAUCUGGUAGAAGAGUUCUACCGAAAAGCUCUACCUAGUCUUCAGUCGGUGAUAAUAGUCCUCAUCAAGGCAAUACUGUCGCAUGUUACAGCUCUUGUCACGCAAGCAAAUGGGGCCAACGGUCUCCAGAGUGGGUUCCAAUACCAGGAUCAUCAAAAUGGUAGGCCUGAAACCAAUGGGGUCAAUGGCCAUAACGGAUCAGUAGCAACCAACGAAGAACUGGAUGCAAUGCGCACGCAAGAAGUGCUUGACAAAGCGGUCUCAGGUACCCUGAUGUUGAUCCUCAAGUGGUUCAAGAUCUCCCAUAUCUUAAAGUACGAGUACAUAACUCAGCUUCUGGUCGACUCUAGCUACGUCCCGCUGAUACUCAAACUUCUUCAACUUCAAGAAAUUGAAAAGGUCGUCAACUUCAAAUGCGAGCAAGAAGAACUCAACAGUUUCUUCUAUUUCUGCCGGUCACACUCCAGAUUGGGUGUCGAUCAAGAGCAGCCAGAAGAGAGCCCUGAAGCCGAUUCCGACUCUGACGAUGCGGUGCCACCUCCAAUUCGAAUGCGUCGUGACGACCCAGAGAGCUUGGAAUCCGAAGCAGAGCCACCCUCACCGCUCCCCGCCAUGCCUCAAGCACCAGAGGUCGACGAGUUAGGCUUCCCGACGAGCGAGCUCCCCAAAGAGCCCAUUACGACGUUCUCCUGGCGUGCCUUCUUUACGUCCAUCAACUAUCUACGCAUCAUGCAAAAGAUCUGCAAGAACAAAGCACACCGUAACCUCAUGCUCGUCUCUUACAAAUCCUCCCAGUUCCUCAGAAAGAGUCUCAAGGUGCCGCAGCCGCAGCUCCGCCUCUACACCCUCAAGCUGUUCAAGAACCAAGUUCCGUAUUGCGGGCGCAAGUGGCGUCAGUCCAACAUGCGCGUCAUCACAGCGGUGUAUCUACAUUGCCGGCCGGAGCUGAGAGACGACUGGCUGGCAGGUAGCGACGUGGAUGCCGAGGUUGAUGAGAGCGUGCCUUUGGAACAGGCGCUGAGGGCGCUGACGCACUGGCACAAUUUGAAGAGGUAUCCUGAGGGCAUGGGCGCGAGAAGUGGAGUGCUCGAGGAUGAGCAGGACUUUUUCAGGAGAGAAUUGGAGAAGAUGGACUGGGGUGACGAGAAUGACCCGGACUUGGAGCCGGUGUCUGUAGAGGGGUGGUGAUGCUCAGGGUACAAUGGCGAUGCGGUGGAUCGGACACAGAAGAAUAGUAAUAUGAAUGGCAUGAUACCCAAC